AUGUCGGAGGAAGAAGGGUCGUGCAGUCGAGUUAACACGACGCCUGUUACCAACGCACGUAAGAGAAAAGCCGGGGACUCUCCACCCGGACAAGUUCCUCCGAGUAUUGCUGCCGAAAUGAGUGCAAUAACAGAAUACAUAAGAGACUGCAAGGCAUUUAUGCAGGACAUGCAAGGUACGGUCAAGCUGGGGAAAAAGUGGAUCUUUGUAAUUGAGGAAUUCCUGGCUAAGAUUCAGACCAGCAGUACCAACAUUGCCAUGGAGGCCGCGGUCAUCUCGGGCAAGUACCAAGAAGCCAGGAUAGAGGCCGCGGACCAGUACAAAAACUUUGAGGACAUUAUAACUAGAACUCAGCACGACAGGACAUACGCCAGGGUAGUCGGCCCGAGCACUGUAGUUGCCCCGACCAGUGAACCGAACGAUAAUUUCCCCGCACCCACGGAAGUGCAAAGGCCGAGAGUGAGGAAGAAGCCUCAGGUCAGUAAAGAGAGAGACAAGCUCGAAAAGGCCAAGAAGAUGCCGGUCAAACCAGUAUUUAUUGGUAUUGACGAAGAGGUCGAAAUGGAUCAUAUAUGGGACGCCGUAAAGUUGGCCACUCCCAAGCCAAGGAUCGAUACGUGUAGAACAACGUCUACAGGACAAAUUAUGGUGACCAGCUCGGACGAGCGGACGAUACAGGCUCUUAGGUCAAUGAAUGAGAUGGUGACGGAGACCGCACCCAGAAAGCCAAGGGUCAGAUUGAAAGGUAUUCCCAGGCAAUACGAAACGGACUUUAUACAAGAGUCACUGAUAGACCAGAACUCAGCACUAGACGGCAUCAGCAAAGAAGACGUAAGAUCUCUGUUCAAGUGCGGCCCCUUGAGUCGGGAUGAUUGCUGCGACUGGGUCAUUGAAGUCACGCCCGAAAUUCAUAAAAUCAUUACUGGAAAAAGAACCUUCAUCGGAAUGGUGUCCACCUUCCCAUCUACAUACAUCAACCCGCCCCACUGCGGCAAGUGCUUAAAGGUAGAUCACACAAUAAAUAAGUGCAGCGAGACCAGCUUCAAGUGCUUUCACUGUGCCAAACCGGGACACAACAAGACCGACUGCCCGGACAAGGAGAAGUCCCCCACCUGCGCCCAGUGCGGCGGACAACACAAGCCGCUGUCCACAAGCUGCCCCACUUGGAUCAAGAGAGUAAGAGCCCUUCAAAUGCGCACGCAGUACGAUGUAUAG